GGCAAAACAAAACUUGCACGCAUUCCUGAACGAACAAACAGACGGACAACUUUUGCAUCCAGCCCCUCCGCUUUACCCCUUUUCUCCCGCCCUCGCAAGCACCUCCCCUGUCCUCCCCAGAGUCUCUUCUCUUCUCUCGUCGCCUCCCGAGUCUCCGGCAACCACGCCAGCGCGGCCAUGGAGCAAGGCACCGACUCCGCGGCGGCGAGGCGGAUGGCCAGGGUCGCCUCCCACCUCUGCCCGCCCACCUCGCAGAUGGAGGAGGUGGCCAUCUUGAAGGGCUCUAAUUGCCGUGCAAAAGGUGCGGCACCAGGGUUCAAGGUCGCAGUCCUGGGUGCAUCUGGUGGGAUCGGCCAGCCGCUCUCGCUGCUUAUGAAGAUGAACCCUCUUGUUUCGGUGCUCCAUUUGUAUGAUGUUGUCAACACACCUGGUGUCACAGCUGACAUUAGCCAUAUGAACACUGGUGCUGUGGUGCGUGGCUUCUUGGGUCAGCCACAAUUGGAAAGUGCUCUUACUGGAAUGGAUCUUGUGAUCAUUCCUGCUGGCAUUCCUCGGAAACCUGGGAUGACAAGGGAUGAUUUGUUCAACAUCAAUGCUGGGAUUGUUCGGACUCUUUGCGAGGGAAUUGCAAAAUGCUGCCCAAAUGCGAUUGUGAAUGUGAUCAGUAAUCCUGUAAAUUCUACCGUUCCGAUUGCUGCUGAAGUAUUUAAAAAAGCUGGAACAUAUGAUCCUAAGCGUCUAUUGGGGGUGACAACACUUGAUGUAGUGAGAGCCAAUACCUUUGUGGGAGAGGUUCUUGGACUUGACCCCAGAGAUGUCAAUGUUCCUGUUGUUGGUGGGCAUGCAGGAGUUACGAUAUUACCACUCCUUUCACAGGUGAAUCCUCCCUGUUCGUUUACCUCAGAAGAAAUUAGUUAUCUCACUUCUCGCAUACAGAAUGGUGGGACAGAAGUAGUUGAGGCGAAGGCAGGAGCAGGAUCAGCAACCCUUUCCAUGGCCUACGCAGCAGCCAAAUUCGCGGACGCCUGCCUGAGAGGGCUGCGCGGGGACGCCGGGAUAGUGGAGUGCUCUUACAUAGCCUCUCAGGUGACGGAGCUGCCCUUCUUCGCGUCCAAGGUGCGGCUGGGCCGGUCCGGCGUCGAGGAGGUCCUGCCGCUCGGCCCGCUGAACGAGUUUGAGAGGGCCGGGCUGGAGAAGGCCAAGGGCGAGCUGGCCGAGAGCAUCCACAAGGGCGUCGCUUUCGCCAACAAGUGAAGAUGGGAAGAAAAUCCUAGCACGCAGCUCCGUAUCUUUCGCUGAAAUGCUCCAAGGCCAGCAUAGAAAUCUGAGAUGCCUUUUGCUUCCUGCCUGCUCCCGCCUGGGAGCAACAGUCGCCGUGUGAUGUGAUGUAAAUCUCCCUGUCAUAACAAUAAUAAUAAUAAUAAAAUUGUACUGUAUUUUGUACCGGUA